AUGGCAGACGAACAGGAUCCAUCGUGUACACCGGUGUAUUACAUGGGUGGAUCUGAGAGAACUCGCCACCACAGUGACCCGUCUUCCGACUCAACAUGCUUGCCUUUAACUCCUGCGGAAGAUUACAGUACAUUUGAUAUAGUGAAAGCCACCCAGUUUGGUGUUUUUGAACGCUGCCAAGAAAUAAUUGAAGGUGGCUAUGAUGUAAAUAGACCAGAUUCUGAAAAUGUUACACUUCUUCACUGGGCUGCUAUCAAUAAUCGGCAAGAAAUUGUCAAGUAUUAUAUUUCUAAGGGAGCUAAUGUGGACACAAUAGGAGGAGAACUCCUCUCCACGCCUUUACAUUGGGCUACAAGGCAAGGACAUCUUGCAAUGGUUGUGUUACUGAUGCGUCACGGAGCUGAUCCAGCCAUUACAGAUGGAGAAGGUUGUCAGUGUAUUCAUUUAGCUGCACAGUUCGGGCAUACGGCUAUUGUAGCAUAUUUGGUGGCUAAAGGUCAAAAUGUAAAUGCUGCCGAUAAGAAUGGUAUGACUCCUCUCAUGUGGUCAUGCUACCGAAUUUCUAUGAAUGACCCUACAAGGUUACUUUUAACUCUUGGUGCUAGUCUCACUAUGGUUGAUUUACAUCAUAAAAAUACUCCUCUUCAUUGGGCUGUGUUUGCCAGAAACAACAGUGCUAUUUCAUUACUGCUUAAGGCAGGAGCAAGCUUAGAUGAAAAAAAUGCUGAGAAUGACACACCAAUUGACAUGGCUAAAAGGCUUAAUCUAACAUACAUACAAAAACGCUUAGAAGAAACUAAAAAAGAAAGAGAAAAGAGGACACAUUGUCUCACACUUUACAGAGAUAAGAAACUAAGAUACGGUUGUAUGGUUGGGUCUCCAUUUUUAGUAUUUUAUGUCAUUGGUGCUCUGCUUGAAAGUCGAGAAUCAUAUCUCAUGAAAGCAGGACUGUUGCUUAUUUUAGGUAUAGCUGUCACAGUUACAGGAAAGUUACUGUUUGAUGACAGAAUCCUCAAUAUACUUCCAAUUUCAGUUUAUCUAUCUACAAAGUUUUGGAUGUAUGUAACGUGGUUUACAUGGUUUCAACCUUAUGUUGGAGACAUAUGGAGAACGGUUGGUUUUUUAGUGUGUUCAAUGUUCCUUUUCUACUCAUUUAUAAAAGCUUGGAAGUCAGAUCCAGGCGUCAUACAUAGCACUCCUGAACAGAGAUAUAGGACAAUUAUUGAAUUAGCUGAGAGAGAUGGUUUUCAUCCGAAUUGGUUUUGUAGUUCAUGUUUAGUACGGCGUCCUUUGAGAUCUAAACACUGUUCUGUUUGUAAUCAGUGUAUAGCACGUUUUGACCACCACUGCCCUUGGGUGGGAAACUGUGUCGGAUUGGGAAAUCAUAAAUAUUUCGUUUUGUAUCUUUUUUGGCUUCUCAUAAUGAUUAUUUGGUGUUUACAUGGCUGUGUCAGAUUUUGGAAAGGGCACAUCACCAAUAAUGACAUUCCACUUUUAAAUUUUUUAUGGGAAGCAUCUCGCAUCAGCGGUUGGGUGAGCUGGAUUGCAGCGAAUGCUUUGUUGCAUAGUAUUUGGGUUGGCUGUCUCUUGCUGUGUCAACUAUAUCAAAUAGUUUGGCUAGCUAUGACAACAAAUGAAAGAAUGAACUGCUCAAGAUAUCGACAUUUUAAAAAAGACAAAAAGGGUGUUAUCAGAAGCCCAUUUCAUCGUGGUGCUUUCCAGAAUUUGUUAGACUUUUGUGAAUGGAAGUGCUGUGGACUUUUCCAAAUUGAUACUAGAGACUGGAAACAAGUGUAUGAUUCAGAUGAUGAAGGAGAAAGCUCAGUAUUGCUUAGAUCUGAACAUCAUUAUAUAUAAAAGUGCUGAUAUACUGAAAUGGUUUAUUCAUAAUUAUGACAAGAUUAUAUAGCCUUGAAUAGUAUAUUAAGUUAUAGUGUGCAUCUUUUUUAUUUAAAUUUUUUAAAAAUAUAUCAAGGUACGAUAUACUGUUUUUGGCUAGAAAAAUCUUGCCUUAUUGUUAAUUAAUUUAAUGACUAACAUUUGAAAUGAAAGAAGAGAAUUAAUUCAAAGACUGUUUCUCUGAAAGCCUUUAUGACUUGAAUAAAUUCUUAUUUUAUUUGUAAUAACUGUAAUAACUGAAAAAUGUUGCAUAGGCCUUAUUUGUGAGAAAAGCUUUUUUAUCUUGUGCUGUAGAUGAAUAUUUUGCUUGCUAUUGUGCUCGACACAAAAGUGUAAUUUUCGUUCAUACUUUUUAUAUAUCAUAUUUUGUUAUUGUGAUAACUUAUUUGCACCAGAAAUGUCUGGUACACUUCUUAUGCAAUUUCUGCAAUUUCUACUACUCACAUUUUUCAUUGUAUCUAUAAAUUUAUCAUUUUCAUCAUCUACAUUUUCUAUUAUCUUAAAUGUUAAUUGCUAAAGCAUUUUAGCACUCAUACAGAUGUUUUUGUGAAUAAACAACAACCUGUCUUGAUUCAUUCGCAAGUUUGUACUACUCAGGAGGUUGUAAAAUAAUGAUGUUUGUCGUCGCCGAAUCAUGACUCAUUUCUGUAACUGUAUUUUUGUAUGUAUUGUCUGGGCACAUUCUUAAAUCAUGUCACAUAAUCAGAAAUAGGACUAGAACUAUAUAUAAAAAUGUAGAUUCCCAGUUUUGAACAUUUGGAAUUUAUCUAACAUAUUUUCAUAAAUUUGAGCUUUUUUAUCCAAGAGUCUUUUAUUUCUAAAUUCUCUUAUCAUUAUAAAAGUAUUGAAUUCUGUAUAAUGAAUUAUAUGAUUGAUAUAGAUUAUUUAUACUUCAUUAUAAUAUAGAUAGGUUUCUGCUAGCAAGUAUACUUAUUUCAUUGAAAGCUGUACUCAAGAUUAUCAAACAUCUUUUCGUUUAAGUAAAGGACAAAAUUUCAACAUAUUCUCAAUCAAAUAUAUAUGCUACUGUAAAAAGAGAGACCAAUCUUAGUCCCUUUGAAAUACAUAGAGCUUAUCUAUAAAACUAACAAUUCGAUGAAGGAGUUUGAUUAACAAACUUAACAUCUAGAAUUUUAUUAAUGUUAAUGUGCAUGACCAAUAGAAAUUUAUCAAAAUUACUGCCAUUCUUUUUAUUUUAUUAUGUGCUCUGUAAAAAUCUGAUAUCUGUGAUUUUAACUUUGCUUUGAAAAUAUUAUCUUAAUAUUUAUAUGAAAGAGGUGCUGUUUUAUAUUAAGGGGUUGUAUGAAAUAAUAAUUAAUGCAAAUUACUUGAUAUAUGGAAAUUUCAGCUUAAAUAAUAAUUAGGUCACUUAUGAAGGAAGAGAUAAAGGUAUAUAGGGUAUCUCAAAACUCUGAAUACAAAUUUUGAGGGGCAAUGCAAAACAUCAGUAUAAAUCAGGGGUUCAAAAAUAGAUGGUAUGUAAAGAAGCAAAGUAUUUUUAACUAUUAAAUUCAAAAAUUAAAACCCCAACAUUCUGAUCUUUUCUCUAACACCCGUAAAUGUAUGUGAUCUGAGCUUUGUUCAAGAGUGGUGGUAUUUCAAUUUUUGUUUAAAUGGUACACAUUAGUCAAAAGGUUGAGAACUGCUGGUAUAAAUCAUGUUCACCUACGAAAGCAUGAGCAGGGGUGUCGCUCAUGAGAGAUAGAAGAGACACAAGAACAUAAUACAGAAAGGCAGAAGUGAAGGUAGAACUUAAACUGGUAGACACAGAAUACUGUUUCGUAUGAGGUGUUGAAAGUUCCGGCCAUUCAUAAUGCAUGCAUGAUGCUAACACCUGAUUAAUUGGCAACACUUUCAAAGUUAUCUGGAAUUUUGCUGGUAUUAGUAGCAGCCUUUGUCAUUACCAUCAGCGAUCCCAUACAGGAUAUACAUGUUCACCAAAUCAGCAUUCACAAAAUGAUCCAUUGUCUUUGUACAGCAUUGCAAGAUUCAGUGAAAUAGCUGUUUUCAAGCUGAAUUGCUGCUGUGGAGCACCAUAUAUCCAUCUCUGAUCCUGCAUUCCUUUAUGAAUGUGAAUUACAUUGAUGCCCUCUCCCUAUCCUCAAAGAUUGUAGAUGAAGUUUUAAGACAUUUUAUGUGGUACCAGUAACCAAUAGGAAACUAGAAAAGAAAACACACUUAACUUUCCUGUAGGUGAUGACAGUAUCUCCUGGACUAAAUUCUUCCAUAAACUGACGGAUGCAGAUAUUUGUUGCUGUUUUUGAAAUCUCUUGAAAAGAUUAAAAAAGUAUACUAUUAGAAAUUCUGUUAACAUGUUUUAAUUUCAUAAAUAAAAGAAGACAUUUUUAUGUAUUUGAGGAAUAAUUUUUCAGUUCAUGAAGCCUGAAAUAGCUUUCAAUAUUUUGUAGCUGUAGAAAGAUAAUUUCAAGUUUUAUUAAUAAAAAUUAUUCAUGAAAUAUUUUUUAUAUCUGUAUUACUUGUGAAUUUAGAAAUCAAGUAAAUUACAUUUUUUUUAUUAUUAAUAAUGUAUCACAUUUUCUGACCUACAAGAUAACAUAGCUUGUAAGUCCUUAGAUUUAUCCAAACAUUUAUUAAAUUUAAAUAUAGUGACUUAUAAUUUAACCCUCAGUGUGCAACAUGUAGAAAAUUUGGUAUAAACAAAAAAUUCUAAGGAAAAAAAGGGUAUAUUAGAAAAUAUGCCAAAAUCAAAAUUUACCUUAAAAACAAGUAAGUAGAAAGGAGACACCAUAAUUUCAAGAUUGAUAAUGGAUUUUAAGAAAAUUAACAAAAUAAAUUGCCACUGCAUGCUGUUAAGUAGGCUACAUUCAAUCCAAAUAUUAAAGAUUUUACGAGUAACUGUGUAGUCAGUUUAUGGAAUAUAUAUAUCAUAUAUGUAUGUAUCGUGGCACAACGGCUGUGGAAAAAGGUAGAAGUAAAUGAACAUUUUAAUGUCAGGAGAUGGGAAUUAACUUUAAAUCCACAUCUGUGAUUUGAUGAUAAUUUUCGAAGGGGGAGGUCUUUUCAUUAAACCUUCAUAGAGUAAUAUAUCUUUAAAAAUUUUUGUAAUUAAAAGUAUUUUUCUUAAUGUUUUAUUAGGAAUGACAAUAUAUAAUUAAAUGUAAAUAAGUUAUGAUAAUUUAUACCCAGUGUGCAAGUUGAUUAGACUUGUUAGAGCUUCAUCUUCUUUCCCCCCCCCCGAAAAAAAGAACCUUGACUUAUAUACUGAAAAAUUUUGCAAAUUCUAUGUCUCAUAAGUGUCAUUUUCUCAGAAAUAAAUUAUUUAAAAAUUUUAAGAGCAUAACUUUAUUUCCCAAACAAUGUUGUUUUUCUCAGAAUGGCCAUUUUUAGAUAAUCUGAUUAUUUUAUCUAGCCCCUCUAUAAAAAUAAAAUGAGUUUUUAAGGUUUAAUUGUGAUGAAUAAAAUAUGAAAGUGCUUUGAUUUAAAUCAAUACAUUUCAUUUAUUGAAUGUAUCAUUUGUUUAUUUACUUUUACCUCUGGUGCUUCACUUAUAUGUUCUUAUUAUUUUGUAUGAAGCUUUUUUCAAUCAGCUAAAAUUUGUAAUCUAAUUUAAAUUCUUUAAUCUUUUCAGUUAUGAAUCUUAUAGCCCUAAAAAUGUUUAUUUUCUUUUUGUACCUCUGUGUUUAAAAACUUUGAAAUUAAAAAAAAAAAAAAAAAAAAAAAAAAAAUUGUGUUUCCUUAAUGCAUUUUUAAAUUAAAAAAUUGUAUGGUAUGCAUAUAAUUUUUGUUUUAUGCUAAAUGUAAUUUUUAUUUUGCUGUGUAUUGUAUCUUAAUGGUUAUGUUGCUUGGUCACUGCA